CUUCAUCAAUCAAUUCUACUUCUUCAUCAAUUAGUUCAUCAUCAUCAAACAACACCACAAAAACACAGAAAUUUUUUUUUUAUUUUUUGCUGAUGAACCCGACACCGAGUUUGAAUUCUUCUUCAUCAAUCAGUUCAUCAUCAUCAUCAAACAACACCUUCAUCAAACAACACCCACAAAAACACAUAAUUUUUUUUUUUAUUUUUUGUCGAAGAACCCAAUGCCUGGGUUCAUCGUGUUCCAAGGAACCCCGACCCUGGGUUGGAUGAACCCAGCAUUGGGUUCCAAUGAACCCAACGUUGGGUUCCAAGGAACUAGCCCACUCAUUCCCUUUAAACAGCAAUAGCAACCAUCUGAAAUUUUGCAUUCCAAGUCCAAACUGUGAGAAGCCUCGUCGCACCAUCAUCCUGAUUGCCGCACCGCCGCAGCACUCUCAGCAGUGCCACCACGCUUAUCGCACCAUCAUCCCAAUCUCUGCACCUUCAUCCACAGUGAAACCCCUCCAGCAAGAACCCAGAAAGCCUUGUCACUACACCACUGUAAGAAGCCUUGGGUUCCUUGGAACCCGACGUUGGGUUCAUCCGAACCCAAACCCGGGUUCCUUGGAACCUCGUGCCUGGGUUCGUCCGAACCCAGAGUCAGGUUCCAAGGAACCCCGAGCCGAGGUUCAACGAACCCAGCGUCGGGUUCCAAGGAGCCCAAGCGUUGGGUUCGAUCAAGCCUCUGGGUUCCAGACCCUAAGGGGAAAGAAGAAAGAAGGAGAAGAAAAAAAAAAAGAGAAAGAAAGAACUUUUUAAGUUUUUUGCUAUAUUAUUAUUUGUUUCCAUGUUAUUAUUUUUUGUCAUGUUGUCUACCACGUAGGAUAAUAUUUUAAUAUAUCAUCAUUUUACUA